UUUUGGACAAACGAAAGUUGUGUGGCUAUCGCUGUGUCACCAAAACCCAAAGCCCUCUCUCUCCCGCUUCUCCCUUGCAACCGCCUUUGCCUUUCUCUGUUAUCUUCUUCACUCCAACAACACUAAACCCCAAAUAAAACAAGAGAUUUCAAUUCAGUACAGUUGCCUCUACCGACUAGUUGUUGGUGUAUGGAAUCUGAAAAACAACACAUAGCAUUCCGUUUCUCUUCUUGAAUUUGUGCGACUUGGAGUUUGACUGGAUGAGCUCCCCAUGCCUUUAUUAGAUAUAGCUACUACACAGCCUUGUUUUAGGAACAAUGUCUGUUCAAUUAGUUCUCACAAUGUCUUUGCGACUAGAUUUCUGUACAAUAAUGAGAUUAGAUUUGUAUCUACUUGGAAUUCCUUCCGAAUACCACAAAAACCUUCGAAUUCCAGAAUUAAGCUGUUUCGGAGUGGGUUGAUGAUAAGGGCAGUAGCUACCCUCGAAAAAGGACCCACCAAGAACACCCAAACCAAUGAGGAACAAAGCAAUUUUGGUGGUGUGAGGAUGGGAAAAUAUGCAGCAAGUUCAACUUCUGCUGUUGUGGAGCAGCAGUCGGUAAGUGAGGAAGCUGAGUUGAAUGAGAGAGAGAAGUUGCGGCGGAUGAGGAUAUCCAAAGCUAAUAAAGGGAACACACCGUGGAAUAAAGGCAGGAAGCACAGUCCAGAAACUUUACAACGAAUUCGAGAACGUACAAGGCUUGCAAUGCAGGAUCCUAAGGUGAAAAUGAAGUUGGUUAACCUGGGGCAUGCUCAAAGUGAGGAAACAAGGUUGAAAAUUGGUGUUGCUGUAAGGAUGGGUUGGGAAAGGCGCCGUGGGAUGUUGAGGCUCCAGGAAACUUGCCACUAUGAGUGGCAAAAUUUAAUUGCAGAAGCUUCUAGGAGGGGCCUUCUGGGUGAGGAAGAGUUGCAGUGGGACUCUUACGAGAUUUUGAGCAAACAGCUUGAGCAGGAGUGGAUACAGAGUGUUCAAGAAAGGAAAAAUAAACCGAGACUGAAGGGUAACAAGAGAGCUCCCAAAUCUGCUGAACAGAGGAGGAAGAUUUCAGAGGCCAUUGCAGCUAAAUGGGCUGAUCCUGAUUACCGUUCUCGGGUCCAAUCCGCUCUGUCCAAAUAUCAUGGAAUACCUGAUGGGGUUGAAAGAAGACCAAGGAGAAAGCCUGCUAGUGAUGAGCAGACCAGAAAAAGAAGCCCUCCGAAAAAGAAAGCUAAUGAAUUGGAUAAUCUGGUAAUGCCCGAGCCCAAGAGCCAAGUUCAACGUGUUCGAUUGAGGAGAAAAAACACACCAAUGUACAAGGAUCCUUUGGCUAGUUCCAAGUUAGAAAUGUUAAAGAAUAUCAGGGCACAGAGAGCAGGUAUUGACCAGAAGAAAAUUGAAGCCGUCAUGAGAGCAAAAGCAUUGAUAGCUGAGGCUGAGAAGGCAGCAGAGGCCUUGGAAAUGGCUGCCCAUAACAGCCCUGUUGCUCAAGCGUCGCUAAUUGAAACUAGGAAGCUCAUCUCUGAAGCUAUCCGCUCCAUUGAAUCUAUAGAGAAAGAGGUGUCUGUUACAGAUAGAGAUCUUUCACCACCUUCAACUGAGCUGGGGAGCCACACUGCAGACGACGGAGAUUCGGAAUUUGGAGCUCUGGCUGAUCCUGGUGAAAGAAGAAUAAAUGGUUGGCAUGCUGUGACGCCUAUGGACAGGGGUAUCUAUCAUUUAGAUGAUGGACGGCAUGCCUUGCAAGGUUUACCCAAUGGUAAAAACACAGCUCUCUUGUCAAGCUCCAGUGACUAUGACUUACUGGGUGACAGGCAGGAAGUCUAUCAAAUGAUUUCCAGUAAUUUAUCUCUGGAAAAGGAGGUCAAUAUAACACAGUCCACCACCUCGACACAGAGAUUUGAUGAGGAUGAAGCUAAUGGAAGCCCAGGAGAUGAACAUAAACAGCUUUUAAACAGGGGUGAAGCUAAUGCAAGCCCAGGAGAUGAACAGAAACCGCUACCAGAUGGAUUGAUUUCUGGUGCAAAGAUUGAGGCGGCGACCACAACCACCACCAAGAAAUGGGUCCGUGGGAGGUUGGUUGAAGUAAGUGAAGGAUCUUAGAUUAGCUGAAAGAUUAUUUGAAGUAUCUGAUUUACACACUUGG